AUGGUGAACAGUUCAAGUCCUGUCCCCGUCUUCAUCCUUAUGGGUACCGCCGGGUGCGGUAAAACUUCGGUUGCCGAACAAAUCCAAGAACUGCUCCACUGUGAAUAUAUCGAAGGUGACGCUCUGCAUCCCCAGGCUAACGUCGACAAAAUGAGCAAAGGCGAGCCAUUGAAUGACGAUGACCGGUGGCCCUGGCUCCGGGUGAUCCGCGAUACCCUAAAGGAAAAGGCCGAGGCUUUACAAUCACAAGAUCCAAGCAACACACAGCGGGCCGUUGUGCUGACUUGUUCUUCGUUACGCAAAGUGUAUCGCGAUAUCAUGCGCGAAGUGCCAGCCGAAUAUGCAUCAAUCACCUUUGUUUAUUUGAAGGGUUCCAAGGAGUUGUUGCAGGAGCGAAUCGGUGGGCGCCAAAACCAUUUUAUGGGCGCCAAAAUGCUCGAGUCACAAUUGAAUACGUUGGAAGAGCCUGAUGAGACACAAGAGCAGGUUAUUGUGGCUGAUAUACGCAAGGCACCGGCACCUUUGGCCAAAUGGAUUGUGGAAGAAGCGAAUCGACGCAAUAUUGUCCCUUUUCAGGUGUAA